GCCGCAUGAGCACGACGACUUUCGGGCGCAUGCCAGUACAACAACAACAACAACAACAACAACAACAAUAAUAAUAAAAAUAAUAAUAUUAAUAAUAGUAAUAACAACGUAAGUCAGUGUGUUCACGUGCGUAUGACCGAUGUGCCCUUUUACCAAAGUAUACAAUAUACAACUGCACAGAAAAAAAAACACGUAGCGGUGGCGGAGGAGGAGGCAGUGACGGCGGCGGCGGCGUCGGAGGAGGUGUUGGUGGUGAAUACGACUACUGCUGCGACGACGACGGCGGCGGUGGUGGUUGCGGCGUCGACAGUGGCGGCGGAAGUGGUGGCGAUGGCAGCGGCGGUAGUAUGGACGGCAACGGCCACUGCAGCUAGUGCCUAGCCCGCUGUGGAGACACCAUGGAGACGAGAAUGGCCGCGUAAUGAACGCGCUCGCGGCUCGGGCGGCGUUGUCUGCACUGUACACCGCGUCGACGUCAUCGUCGUCACUCGAGGCGGCGGGCACCCAUGCGUGGACAACAGUGGCGUCGGCGGCCGCAGCCGUUGUUUCGAACGGCACCACCGCCGCCGCCGGGCAACCCGACGGCGGAUCGCUGCAGCCCAGGUUCACGCUGUCCCAGACGGUGUUCAUCGCGCUCGUGUCCGGCAUGCUCAGCUUCGUCACCGUGUCCGGCAACAUAAUGGUCAUGGUGUCGUUCAAGAUCGACAAGCAGCUGCAGAACAUCAGCAACUACUUCUUGUUUAGCUUGGCGAUGGCCGACUUUUUCAUCGGGCUCAUAUCCAUGCCGCUGUUCACCGUGUACACCAUACUCGGCUACUGGCCGUUCGGUCGUCACGUGUGCGACGGUUGGCUGGCGCUCGACUACCUGGCCAGCAACGCUUCCGUGCUCAACCUGCUGCUGAUCAGCUUCGAUAGGUACCUGUCCGUCACCAGACCGCUGACGUACAGGGCCAAGCGGACCAAAGGCAAAGCGUUGCUGUUCAUAUCUGCCGCCUGGAUUAUUUCGCUGGGCUUAUGGCCACCGUGGAUUUAUCUGUGGCCGAUCAUAGAAGGUCGUCGGACCGUGCCAGAAAUUCAAUGUUACAUACAGUUCAUACUGACCAAUCAGUACAUUACUUUCGGCACGGCCAUUGCCGCCUUUUACGUACCGGUAACGGUCAUGUGUUUUCUGUAUUUCCGAAUAUACAGAGAGACAAAAAAGAGACAAAAAGAUUUUCCAAAUUUGCAAGCCAUGAACAAACCACACAACGAUCAUCAACACGAGGAAUCGUGGGGUCGCAUACGAUCUGARUCGAAUCAAGUGAAUUCGUUGGAUCGACGGGAAAUGUAUGAGACCAGUUCGUUGCGCAAAGCGUACUCUCAGUGUUCAUUGAAAGCGAGGCGCCUGCUAACGUGGUCGUGGCUGCGUGAUUGGUGCGUGGACUGGUGGCACUCAGGCCGCGACGACGAGUACGACGAGGAAGACGACCAGACGCCGAGUGACGUGCCCGGUGGCAUUAGCUACGGUACGACUGUGUCCAGGUCGACGUCGCUGAAUGUUAUACACCAGCAGCAGCCCACGACACCGACGCCGAUGAAAUCUUAUCACGCGGUCAACAACAAUAACCGGCUGGCCAAUCGGUCCUUGUCAAACGACUCGGUGUACACGAUCGUGAUUAAGUUGCCGGGCGACAGCGACCUCCAAGACGCGCCGUCUGUGAAGCAAUAUCACGGGUGUUACGAGGAGUCACGGCGGCACGGAGCGGGCGGCCCAAUGUCACGUAGGCCGUCGUCGCAGGACAUGCGGUUGCCGCUGAGCGCGGCGAAAAUGGUGCAGCCCAAGCAGCUGACCCGGGCGCAGGGAGCCGCUUUCCAGGCCAAGGAGAAAAAGAAGAAGAAGUUCCAGGAGAAGAAGAGCGAGCGGAAGGCGGCCAAAACUCUGUCGGCCAUACUGCUGACGUUCAUCAUCACGUGGACGCCGUACAACAUACUAGUGCUGCUGAAGCCGUUCACGGCGGCCACCGGCGGCGAUGACGGCAGCGGACACGAGGGCGACAGCAACAAGGAGUGGGUGCCGCAGGGCAUGUGGGACUUUUUCUACUACCUGUGCUACAUCAACAGCACCAUCAACCCGGUGUGCUACGCCCUGUGCAACGCUACGUUCCGCAUGACCUACGUGCGAAUACUCAAGUGCAAGUGGAACACCCGCAGACAGCCACCGCACUUCCGCGCGUGAUAAUGACCGCCGCCAUCACCGGUUGGCGGCCAUAUAGCGCCAUAGUUACCGCAUGUCCGCAUAUGUUUAGAUAAUAAUAUAUUACUUUUAUAUAUUAUUAUAUACAAUUUUGUUUUUUUCGGUUUUUUCUCGUCGCGCGGCCCUUUCCCCCACUAUCAUGCACCACCGACAAACGUGCUAUUGUAUAUACGAUUGAGCACGUUGAUUGAGCCAUUGAUUGUGUGAAUUAUUGACUAUUGAGUGCCGACUGAGCAUAAUAAGCACAUCAACGGAAUAGGUAUCGAACACUGGGAAUAUAAAAUAUAAUUGAUUACGAUUUUGUGGUUUAUAAUAAAAAAAUAAAUUGCCAUCUCAAUUUGUGUGAGAAUAAUAUUAUGUUUUAGUUGAAUAUUCGAGUCACCGACGAUUUUCGUUUCAAUAAUUUUGGUGACGUUUUUAAUAUUGAAAAAAAAUUAUGCGUGUUCAAUUGUUAAUAACAUUUAAAGUGUAGCUUGAAAAUAAAAGUGUGCUUAAUCGUAUAUUGUCCGUGUUAGGUUACAUUACGGGUUACUAUACUCAUUCAUAUUAUUUAUGACAGGGCAAYCUCGUAAUACACGUGUGUUUAAAACUGUCGGAGAACGUUCCACCACUAGUGUAUUGCACGGUGAAUGUAGGGUGUGCAGCAGAAAGGUGCGUGGGAGCUGCAAGGCCGCUAGAUAAAGAACACUAAAACUUAUUGAAAAAAAAAAAAAAACUAAAAAAAAUUAAUAAAAUGAUUUUAAGACUGUUCGCGGGAUCCACAUGGUUAUCCAGGCAUAAGCGUGUAUUUUAUAAAUUAUUUAAUAUGCCAACGAAGGCACACGCGCGUAUAACAUUUAACGUUUGUAUAACAUGUUAUAUCAUAUAAUGUCCAUAGGUGAAAUGUACCUACGUGAAUAUCAGUGGCGUAAGACAUGCUGARGCGCAUUUACGAAGCAUCCAAAUCUGUCUCCGUGGCACUUUUUAACUCUCUUUUUAUUUUAUCGAUAUUUUUCGCGGUGUGAGGAACAAUCAUCUUUAUAAGUACCUGCCAUAUUACAUAAUAUUGAAACGAUUUAAAAAAAAAAAAAAAAUGUAUCAUCUAAAAAAUAUCCUUGCAAUGCGCAACAGAAGUGCUAAUACUAGCUGUGUAAAUUUCCCAAUUACGCCACUGAUGAUAAUAUAAUAUGAACGCGUGCGACCUAUUGUUUGUAUAGCUUUUCAUCGGCCCAUAUCCAUAUUAUAAUAAUGAUAGUAAUAGUAAUAAUAAUAUAAAUAAAUAUAGUAAUAAAGAUAAUAACAAUAAUAAUAUAUAUGAACAAUAAAGAUCGAGUGGUUCAUAGARGUUAUUGCAAGGAAGACGAUUCGAAAAGCUUGUYUGCAAAGAGGCGUUAUGGGAUUUCAGCCAAAUAUAAUUAGAGAACGUGUUCGAUAUCAUCAUUAUCAUUAUACAUAAAGGCCAACAGUAAAUAAUACCAAAUAUAAUAUGUUAGGUGUAUCGUGUAUGUUCAAGUACUAAUAAUUUAGUGUAAUUUAUUAUCAAUGAACGGACAGACAAUGGACGAGAUUAUUAUUAUUAUUAUUUUUUUAACAGUAAUUUGA